AUGCCCAACGCUUCAAUAUCAUUAAAACCCAAGGCUUCGACCGUCCCAGAGCCUUCUCCAGAUGUCACUGAGUACCAUGUCGGCUGGAUCUGUAGCUCGACAAAGGAGUUUCUUGCGGCCUUGAAGAUAGUGGAUGAGAGUCGUGAUGAUAAACAAAGGCCAGGUUAUAAGCUAGUGCGCAUCCAAGAGCACAACGUUGUGAUCAAUAAGCCUUAUUCGGAUUCAACAUUGGAUUUCCGAGCUCGUGCAGUGGCUACGGAUAUGAAAAAAAGCUUUCCCUGGAUCCGGUUCGUCUUAGCCGUGGGUAUUGCUAGCAGUACACCCAAAAGCAAAGAGAAAGUCCAGCUGGGGGAUGUUGUGGUCGGGACGAACAUCGCGUCUUACGGAGGCGACAGCGCCUCGACGACUGCUCCUGAUCGGAGACAGAGCCCAACCAAAACGUUACUGCUGGCCGGGAUAGCGGAGAUGAAAAUCAGGAUAGAGCAAGCUAGGAUAGAGCAAGGGCUGGACAUCCGGGACUUCAUUGAAGAGAUCAUCCGAAACACAAAAGUCACCGUCGGCUGCUCUCGACGGCCAGAGAAUCCUGACCUUUCCCAGGGCCAUAGAAGGUUCGACUCGCGCCCGAAUCACAUUCACACAUCAACUCAACCGGUCAGGAUCCACUAUGGCCCAGUCGCACCCGUCCAGAGCGUCACGGAAACCACACAAAUGGGAAGCCAGAUCACCGUGGAGAACAGUGUUCUCCGUUUUGAUAUGGGAUCUGCAGAUUUACUGGCAGCAGGCAUUGAUUGUCUUUCAUUCUGUGGCAUUAGUGACUAUGCGCAAUCGCAGGAGGGCGAUGCCCAGCACGAUUACGCUGCUCUUGCUGCUGCGGUGUGCGCAAGAGAAUUCUUGACCUGUAUCCAUUGCGAGACAGUGGUCCAAAUCAAAGUCACAGUGUCUCAGAAGCAGAUGGAAGAUAUAAUGGACGGCGUGGUGAAACGGCUGCAGAGGGUCACGGGGGGCAACAAGGUGAAGGAAACAACCGCCGCGGUCGAAGACGCUCAUAGGAAAAUCGACUUGCUCUACGAAUUCGUGGAAGACCUGCCUGAAAUGGCAAAAAAGCGGGUUGAGGACGUGCAAAAUUGCCUGCAGUACAUGAAAGACGUCGAGGCAAGAUUGGACGGCACUCUCAAGGAACUGAGCAGUAGGAUUAGUCGCCAAGAGGAGCUGGCGCCGGACUAUGCGACGAAGGAGGAACUGAGAGGACUGAGGCAAAUGGUCGACACCAAUCGCUCGAGGCUUGAGCGUUUAUCCAAGAAGGCAGAGAAUAUUCUCGGCAUGAGCAGCGACAUCCUUGGGGAUGUUGCCCAAACGACCGGCAUUGCGAACGUGGAAGAAGCUGCGAAAUGGACAGCAUUUGCACAGCGGCAAACCAGUAUGCUCCCGAAACUCGCUGACUUUAAGCCCAGUGGUCUAUGGAGACCUAGCAAAGGAAAUGCACGGCAAUCUUCCACGGCAAAUGACUCUGGUCCAAUGAGUCCUCAGGCUGGGCCACCAACUCAACUAGACCCAACCCCAGAGAACAAAGACCGGUUGUUCAGAAAACCCAAGGAACUCUUGACCGGAAUUUAUCGCCGUAGUCCCACUUGUGGGUCUGCCACAAGCCAAGACCAAGACAAUGCGACUACUGACCUGUCUGACUUGCCGGGAGGAAGUAAUCAAAGUCAGAAUCAGUCCGAGACCAGGAGGCCAACUCCCGCGCCAGUUCAAACAAACCACGUCGGCGACGGUGCUUCUGAAAGAAGCCUCUCAUCAAUUGUAUCACCCUCUCAUUCUGGACACAGUAGCAUUUUCAGUAAUGCAGCUACAGUCGGCUCGCGAGAAACUAUGUCCACUUCGCCCGAUGUGCCGCCGCUGCCGCGUGUCUUGCUUUCAUCUCCCAGUCAAGCUUUCAAUGAUCAACCUAGUCCGUCACCAAGUCGUGACUCGCCUGACAGUGGGGUGGAUACGAGGAGUAAUGGAGACGUCAAAUCGAUCGCAGCCAAAUUCGAGGCUUCGAUGGGUAAACUUCCACUCCAUCGGCCGAAGAGACAUGAUUGA